AUGCAGGCAACAUCGUUCUCAUGUUCAAAGAGGAAGAAAAAGGCGCAAGUAUUCUUGGAUGAACUGACCAAAGUCAUCCCAUCCUUUGGUAUGCACUUUGCACCCACAAAGUGUAAGGAUGGGGACCGCGUGAUCCUCACUGUGCCUGGUUGGAGACACUACAAGAUAUGGCUGCCAACCGAUGUCAGUGGCGCUUUUGUUGUCAGUUUCUACCCAGAUUGCCUGAGUGAAUGUCUGGAGGUGCAGGUACUUCGGAGUGAUUGUGUUAAGCUAGCACUAAGCCCCUUCCGCGUUCACCUUUACUUUUCUUUACAAUAA